GUGGGGAAAUUGUUGACAUAGAACGCGGGUUACCAUGAAGGUGAAGGUUCUGUGCAGGAACCCGGACGAUUAUGUUCGAGAAACCAAGAGAGACUUGCAGAGAGUUCCUCGCAAUUAUGACCCAGCCCUACACCCAUUUGAAGUGCCACGGGAAUAUACAAGAGCAUUAAAUGCCACCAAGCUGGAGCGUGUCUUUGCAAAACCCUUUAUUGCCUCCCUGGACGGCCAUAGAGAUGGGGUUAAUUGCAUUGCUAAGCAUCCCAAGAGCUUAUCUACUGUGCUGUCAGGAGCCUGUGAUGGAGAGGUUAAGAUUUGGAAUUUGACGAAGCGAGAAUGUUCCAGAACAAUACAAGCGCAUGAUGGCUUUGUGAGAGGACUUUGCGUCCGGUUCUGUGGUACCUCGUUCUUUACAGUGGGUGACGAUAAGACAGUAAAGCAAUGGUCUAUGGAAAGCCCUGGUUAUGGUGAGAAAGUGGAGCCCAUACGUACAAUUCUAGGGAAGACAGUUUUUACAGGGAUUGACCAUCACAUGAAUGAUGCUAUUUUUGCCACUUGUGGGCAGCAAGUGGACAUCUGGGAUGAACAGAGGUCCGCUCCCAUGAGAUCUUAUGCAUGGGGUGUCGACAGCAUCUCAUCCAUCAAAUUUAAUCCAAUAGAGACCCACAUUUUGUCAAGCUGCGGAACAGACAGGAGCAUUGUUCUCUAUGAUAAACGCAAACCCACCCCAUUAAAAAAGAUUAUUUUGGAAAUGAGAACAAAUACCCUGUGUUGGAAUCCCAUGGAAGCUUUUAUCUUUACUGCAGCUAAUGAAAACUUCAACCUGUACACGUACGACAUGCGCUAUAUGGACGGCCCGGUGAAGGUGCACAUGGAUCACGUAUCCGCAGUUCUGGAUGUUGAUUACUCUCCUACCGGAAAGGAGUUUGUGUCUGCCAGCUUUGAUAAGUCCAUCCGAAUAUUCCCCGUGCAAAGUGGACACAGCAGGGAAGUCUAUCACACAAAGCGUAUGCAGCACGUCACCUGCGUCAGAUGGUCUGCUGACAACAAGUAUGUUCUUUGCGGCUCUGAUGAAAUGAACAUCCGUAUAUGGAAAGCCAACGCGUCAGAGAAACUGGGCCUGUUGUCACCACGAGAGAGAGCGGCACAGAACUACAACCAGAAGUUGAAGGAGAAGUUCCAUCACCACCCCCAGAUCAAGAGGAUAGCGCGUCACCGGCACCUACCAAGGUCCAUCUACAGCCAAAUAAAGGAGCAGCAAAUUAUGAGGGAAGCCCGUCGCAAGAAGGAUGUAAAUCGUCGGAAACACAGCAAGCCGGGCUCUGUGCCAAUCCCGUCGGAGAAGAAGAAGCACGUGCUGGCUGUUGUGGAAUAGCACAAACUGCUGAUACUGACUUACUGUUGUACAUCUCCCGCAUCCCGCUGCUCUUCUGGGCAAUAUAGUGCGGGUCGUUGUGGCCUGGGAAAAGGACUUGACAUGCCCAUGGAUGGGAGGGGGCUGGUUUCAGGUAUCCAGUAAAAUCUGAAUGGACCUUUCUUGGAAUCGCCCUGAGAAUGUUUUUUUUUUUUUUUUUCAUCAAAUUAGAAUUGUGUGCAAGGUUAUAGGAGGGUUAAGGAAAUACAGAUCACUCGAAUAGAAGGUGUAGUCUAAAUAUGGAGGGCUUAUUUUUAAUCCUUCCUGCCUGGUGGCCCCCAGCAGAGUAAAAGGGGCCCAUUCCUUUGUCCCCACAAGACCUGAACAAGAAAGAGCUCUCUGAAAAAACAAUUCCAGAGAUUUAGUUGGUAGAUAUGUGGAGGAGGAAAGGGAAAGAUAUUUCUGUAGAAGAGGAGAAAUGGAGGUGUUAGGCUAUAACACUUUCUCACCAGUUCACAUUCAUCUGACUUUUAAAAUCCCACCCUUCCCUUUGUUACUUCUAAAAAUAUGUUUGUUUUCUUCUCCCUGCCCUCCUAUUCUUUAUCCAAACUGCCUGCUGCUAAGGGAUGCAGGGAGUUAUAGCUGGAUGGGGGGCACAUAAUAAAGAACCUUGCAAUGUUA